GACCACACCCACACACACACCCACCCUUUUACAAGGCAGGUCUCGCUUUCUCUUUUUUGGGCACUCAACAGUUGGGAUUCACGCGAGCGAACACACCAUCGGCAGCGGCUGUAGGGAGGCUCUUCAGCCAGUUCGAAUUCGCUUCCCACCACAGUUCGAAUUCAAACCCUCCGCCUCCACGCCCAUCUCGUCGAUCCACCUGCUGGGGGGGUUUUGUGUGUAGGGGAUCAAAUUGACGAUGCUUACUACAAUGCUUGCUUGUGAUUGGUGUUUGGAGUCCAGAAUAACCCGGAAAAUGGACAGAUUUUUGGCAUAACAAAAUCUUUAAACCCUGCAAUCUGAGUUUCUCUCAUUUGGUGUCGAAGCGAUAUCUUCUGUAAGAUGUCCCUUUUUAGCAGGUUCUUUUACAAAAGGCCACCUGAUGGUUUGCUAGAAUUUGUGGACAGAGUUUAUGUUUUUGAUUCAUGCUUCUCAACUGAGGUUGUACCAGAUGGACUAUAUCAUAUCUAUUUGCAUGAAAUUGUUACUGAGCUUCAUGAAGAGCAUGCUGAUUCUUCCUUCCUUGCGUUCAAUUUUAGAGAGGGAGAAAAACGAAGUCAGUUCGCCGAAAUUUUGUGCAAGUAUGAUGUCACCAUAAUUGAUUAUCCACGACAGUUUGAAGGCUGUCCACUUCUUCCAUUGUCUCUUGUUCAUCACUUCCUUCGUGUCUCAGAGAGUUGGUUGUCUCUUCGGAACAACCAAAACAUUAUACUGCUCCAUUGCGAAAGAGGGGGUUGGCCAUUGUUAGCAUUUCUUUUAGCUUGUUUCUUGACUUUUAGAAAAUUGCAUGGCACUGAACAAAAAACUCUAGAUAUUGUACAUCGGGAGGCCCCUAGAGGUUUUUUACAGCUUUUAUCACCAUUGAACCCACUCCCAUCUCAACUACGCUAUUUGCAGUAUGUUUCUAGAAGAAAUAUCACACCAGAAUGGCCCCCCAUGGAACGGGCUCUUUCAUUGGAUUGCCUUAUUCUUCGAGGCAUUCCAAGCUUUGAUUCAGAGAACGGAUGCAGGCCACUAAUCCGUAUUUUUGGACAUAAUAUUCAUAAAAAGGAUGAUCUUUCGAGCAAUACACUCUUCACGACGUCUAAGAAGAAAUCUUUACGGCACUAUCAGCAGGAGGAUUGUGAUGUUAUAAAAAUUGAUAUACAGUGCUUAGUUCAGGGAGAUGUUGUUUUGGAAUGUGUUCAUCUUGAUUUAGAUCCAGAUAGGGAAGUAAUGAUGUUCCGUAUCAUGUUCAACACUGCCUUCAUUCGAUCUAACAUUCUCAUGCUGAACUCUGAUGAUGUGGAUAUACUCUGGGAUUCGAAGGACCGGUUUCCAAAGGGUUUCCGAGCAGAGGUGCUUUUUGGUGAAACUGAGAACAUCUCUCCUCCUAGAGCUCCAACUGCAAUUUUAAAUGGAGAAGUGAAAGGUGGAUUGCCCAUUGAAGCUUUUGAAAAGGUGCAAGAACUUUUCAGUGGUGUUGAAUGGUUUGAGAGAAAUGAUGAUGAUGCCUUUUGGCUGCUCAAACAAAUAUCAGCAAAUGCAUUGCAAGAAAAACUCGAAAAGCUAAUUUUAACUGAUGCCAAGGAGAUUUCAAGGCUUCAAAGUAAGGUGGGGCUGCAGAUACCUCUAAUGUCGCCCUUAGAAUCUGAUGAGGAAAAAGAUUCUGUAACUUCAGAUUCUGUUGUUUCAGUGGACAGUGAAAAAGUUCAGCAUCAUUCAAGUAUCAGUAUGGAUGUGGAAAACAUACUUGCUGAUUCUGCUACUCAAGAUUCUGAUUCAACAGGUUCGCCACAGUCAAAUAUCUCCACUGAUGCUGUACUUACACCACCUUCCCUUCCUCCAUCUUCUGAAGGUACUUUUGGAGGAUUGGGAACACCUAAUUUUGUUCCAGAAGCUGCUCCACCUCUCCCUCCCCCUCCCUCUUCACCAACGGUCAAAUCUCAACAACCCUCACCACUGUCGUCCUCAUCUGAAGUUUCUAUUUUGCCACCAUCACCUCCGCCACUGCCGCCAGCACCAAUCUCUACUACAGGAAAAAAUGGUCAAUCUCCGCCACUUCCACCACAACCCCCACCACCACCACCACCACCACCUCCACCUCGGUCCACCAUAUCCAUUAGAUGUCCUCCAGCACCAGCACCACCGCCACCACCACCUCCUCCUCUGUCCACCACAUCUAGUAAAGGUCCUCUUGCACCACCACCACCACCACCACCACCACCUCCUCCUCCUCCUCCUCUUCUGUAUGCCACAUCUAGGAAAGUUCCUCCGCCACCACAACCACCAGCUCCGUACCUGCCUCCCUUUGCAGCAUCUACCAGAGGUCCGCCGCCACCGCCACCGCCACCACCGUCUCCCCUUCCUCCUCCCUCCACCAUAUCUGGUAGAGGUCCUCCACCACCACCUCCUCCUCCGCCUCCUUCCACCAUAACUAGUAGGAGUCCUUCAGUACCUUCUCCUCCACCACCUUUCUCCACCAUGUCCGGUAACGCUCUUCCUCCGCCUCCUCCACCACCUCCCUUCUCCACACCUGGUAAAAGUCAUGCACCUCCUAAUCCUCCUCAACCUCCACCCCCACCCCCACCCCCACCUCCUAGCACUAAAUCAAAUAAGGGUUCUUUCCUUUCCCCUCCUCCCUCAUUUCCUGUGACUGCUGCAUCUAAUAGGAGCCCACCACCUCCGCCUCCACCUCCGCCUCCUUCAUCGAGUUUAAGUCACAUUGAUCAUGGUACUGUUCAUGCUGUCCCACAACCACCUCCUCCACCAUUGAAAAAUGGAAGGGGAAAUGCUCCAGGCCCACCUCCUCCUCCGUCGUUUGGCAGCAAAGGUAUGCCUCCACCACCACCUCCUCAAGCACUGAAGCCUCCUGGACUUGUGCCCCUUCCACCACCCUUACAAGGGGGAAGCCAUGGAGUGCCAGCGCCACCACAACCUCCUGGACUAAAAGAUCUAAAUACAUUAGCACCCCCUGCUCCAGCAUCAGGAAGAGGUAGAUUGAUUGCUUCUAGUUCAGGGAAGGGUCGUGGAUCUUUGCAGUCUAUUCCACCAAAGAAAACUCCAUUAAAGCCAUUGCAUUGGGUGAAGGUUACACGAGCAAUGCAAGGAAGUCUCUGGGCUGAUUCUCAGAAGCAAGAAAAUCAAUCCAGGGCUCCCGAGAUAGAUCUCUCUGAACUAGAAAGUCUUUUCUCAACCACAACUGCUUCUCAUGAGAGUGGCCGGGAUAAAAGUGGAGCUCGACGUGGUACUAGCACCACCAAGCCUGAAAUAGUUCACCUGAUCGACAUGCGUAGAGCAAAUAAUUGUGAGAUUAUGCUUACAAAAAUCAAGAUGCCGCUUCCUGAUAUGAUUCAUGCAGUUUUAGCUCUGGAUACCUCAGUUUUGGAAAUUGACCAAGUGGAGAAUCUCAUCAAAUUUUGUCCUACAAAAGAAGAAAUGGAAAUGUUAAAGAACUACACUGGCAAUAAAGAAAUGCUAGGGAGAUGUGAGCAGUUCUUUCUGGAGCUGAUGAAGGUCCCUCGAGUGGAGUCCAAAUUAAGAGUUUUCUCUUUUAGAAUUACCUUUUCCACUCAGGUGAACGAGUUGCGAACAAACUUGAAUGCAAUCAAUGAUGCAUCUAGAGAGGUAAAAGAGUCUUUGAAGUUGCGGCAAGUAAUGCAGACUAUUCUUACAUUAGGAAAUGCAUUAAAUCAGGGCACUGCUCGAGGCUCUGCUGUGGGAUUUAGGCUAGAUAGCCUUCUUAAAUUAUCAGAUACUCGUGCGAGAAAUAAUAAAAUGACCUUGAUGCAUUAUUUAUGCAAGCUCCUUGCAGAGAAAAUGCCAGAGUUGCUUGAUUUUGAUAAGGACUUGAUUCAUUUGGAAGCAGCCUCCAAGAUUCAAUUGAAAUUGGUAGCAGAAGAGAUGCAAGCUGUGAGUAAGGGUCUUGAAAAGGUUGAGCAAGAGCUCACUGCAUCAGAAAGUGAUGGUGAUAUCUCCGUGGGCUUUAGAAUGGCCUUGAAAGGUUUCCUUCAUACUGCUGAAGCUGAUGUUAGGUCCCUGACAUCAUUAUAUUCUGAAGUGGGAAGAAAUGCAGAUUCUUUAUCUCAGUAUUUUGGCGAAGAUCCAGCUCGUUGUCCAUUCGAACAAGUCACAUCAAUAUUGGUGGUCUUUGUCAAUAUGUUCAAUAAAUCGCGUGAAGAGAAUGCAAGAAAUGCUGAAGCUGAGAAAAAGAAAAUAGUAAAGGAGGCAUCAAAAGAAAGAUCAAAUACUGCUACCAAAAGGGACUGAGUUUAUACUUCAUUUGGGCUCCCUGAGCUUGAAAACAUCUGAUUAUUGCUGCAAACAGAACCAGAGGAAAUGUUGUGUAAGGUUAACCAAUUUCAUCUUAUCACAAAAUUGGAACUGUUGUCUUCCAAGGCCCGUUCCCCGUUGAGGAUGUUUAUGAAGGCUGUCAAAUGCUUUAAGCCAAAGAUUUAGCUCUUGUAAAGGCUGAUAAUCUUGUACUGUGCAUGCUCCUUCCACAAUUUAUGAGUGGUUCAAGUGAAGCAAAGCGAAGCGUCGAAUGCACUGGACGUCUCUUCUGAGCCUGAUCGGAUGUUAUAAUCGUUAUACAAGUGGUAUGCCGGAGUUGUAUAGCCGUCGUGCCGAUCCCCACUGGUCUUUCUUCGGCUAUAGCUAGGUGAUUUACAUGUAAACAGUUGAUCAUACAGCUCUAGUCUAGUCAAGGGUGUGCGAGUUUGGGGUUUGAUGCCCCGUAGCUGCUGCAUUCAACAACAUGCCGCCGUCUUUUUCUUUUUUAUUGAAUGCAUAGACUUAUUUGAUCAAUGCAAUAUAUUUCGGGUUCUUUGAUCAA